GCAUUUCAAAAUGAAUUAAACACUUUUCUUCACCAUCUUUAAAUCUUUCUACAGUUUUGUUAAGAUCAAGAGACUUUGAUGAGUCUCCCCUCUCCCUCAGUUUUCAUAACAAGCAAGUAUCUCAGUCAGUUGCUCUGUGCUUUCCCAGGGUAUACUCAUAAGUAAAGGAAUUUUACUGUGUGAAUAACACAGAGAAUGACAAAGCAAACCACGUAGCUGGAGCUCAUGGCUAAUGAGCUAAUUGCCAGCAACUGACUAGGAAUGAAUCAGCACAAUAAAUUGUCCUUGAACAACAGAAUUUGACUAGAGGUUUUUAAAAUUGAACUCAACCACCUUGAUUAAGGACAGGAGGCUUUCUACAGAAAUGAUUCACUGAAUGUACUUGAGGAAGAAUCUGUGAAGAAAAUAUGGCUGCCCAAGAAAAGCAUAUAGUGACUUCUUCCUCAGCAAGAUCAGCUGUAAUAAAACUUUUCAUCCGUUUAUUGACAGUUCAGGUAAUGCUGGUAGGAAAUGUUUUAUGUGGGCAUGUGCUUAUUUGGCCAACAGAAGCCAGCCAUUGGCUAAAUGUUAAAAUCAUCAUUCAGGAACUGAUAGACAGAGAUCACCAUGUCAGCAUCCUGGUUUCAACAGCAUCUAUCUUCAUCACACCUGGAGAUAUUUCAGCUGCCAAGUUUGAAGUGUACCCUGUGCCCUUUACAAAGGAGGAGUUUGAUUCUUUGAUCACGGAUAUCAUAAAGUUGUGGUGGAAUAACAAACCAACUACUCCAACCUUUCACAAGUUUUAUCAGGAGCUAGGGAAGCUGAUGGAGAAAGCAAAUAAACUCAAUAGGCAAAUGUGUGAAGCAGUCCUGUCUAAUCAAGAACUCAUGUUUAAGCUAAAGGAGGCGAAAUAUGAUGUGCUUCUUUCUGAUCCUGUGACAAUAUGUGGUGAUCUGAUUGCUUUGAAGCUGAACAUCCCAUUCUUGUAUACACUGAGGUUCACUCCAGCUUCAACAGUGGAGAGACAUUGUGGAAAAAUACCUGCCCCUCCUUCUUAUGUUCCAGCUGCUUUAUCUGAGCUCACAGACAGAUUGUCAUUUGGAGAAAGGAUAAAAAAUAUUAUCUCUUACCACAUUCAAGACUAUGUUUUCCAGAAAUACUGGGGGAAAUGGGAUUCCUAUUACAGUCAGGUUUUGGGGAGACCUACAACACUAUGUGAAACAAUGGGUAAGGCAGAAAUAUGGUUGAUCCGAACCUACUGGGAUUUGGAAUUCCCACGACCUUUUCUACCAAACUUUGAAUUUGUUGGAGGUCUGCACUGCCAGCCAGCCAAGCCUUUACCUGAGGAAAUGGAAGACUUUGUACAGAGUUCAGGUGAACAUGGUAUUGUAGUAUUUUCCCUUGGUUCAAUGGUUCAAAACUUAACAGAUGAAAAGAAUAAUAUAAUUGCGUCAGCACUCAGCCAGCUUCCGCAGAAGGUUAUUUGGCGGUACAAAGGGAAAAAGCUAGAUAUGCUUGGAGCCAAUACAAGGACCUAUGAUUGGAUACCACAAAAUGAUCUUCUUGGCCACGCAAAGACCAAAGCCUUUAUAACACAUGGUGGAACAAAUGGGAUUUAUGAAGCUAUUUACCAUGGGAUUCCCAUGGUAGGGAUCCCUAUGUUUGCAGACCAGACUGAUAAUAUUCUCCACAUGAAGGCAAAGGGAAUGGCUGUGGAACUGAACAUCCAUACAAUGAAAACAGAAGAUUUAGUAGAUGCUGUGAAUACUGUCAUUCACAAUGCUCUUUUUAAGAAAAAUGCACGAAGAAUAUCACAGAUCCAUCAUGAUCAACCAAUAAAGCCACUGGACCGGGCUGUCUUUUGGAUUGAAUUUGUCAUGCGUCACAAAGGUGCUAAGCACUUGCGAGCAGCUGCCUAUCACUUGACUUGGUACCAGUAUCACUGUCUGGAUGUCAUAGCCUUCUUGAUUGGCUGCACAGUAAUUUUUGCAUUCAUAGCUUUUAAGUGCGGCUCAUAUUGCUUUUGGAAAUGUGGCAACAUCUUACAAAAAUCAAAAACAGAUUAAUUUUUCUGGGAUUCAACCUCCAGUACAUGAUUUACAUAGUUUAUGCUCAUUCUUAGUACCCUGAAAUUUAUGUUAACUGUUUCCAUAUUAGGUUCCAUUCAUAAAAUUAAAUUUUAUUUGUAUGUGUAAAUGGUUAACAAAUCCACAGUUAUUUUUGUUUUAGUUAAGAUAAUUGUGAAGUCAGAGAGAAAUUGAAGCCAUGACUGUUUGCAAGUAAUGGUAGCUUCUCUAUCAUUCUCCAAAUCAAACUGUUACUUAAUUUAGAAAUGUAGGUGUAUUAUGUUGUUUUUCCCUAAAAUCCCAAUCAUUGUUUUCAAAAAAUAUGCAUGGAAAUAUCUAAUAUAGAAGAGAGAGGUAACUAGGCAAGAUUUUGGUGAUGUACUUAUUUCCCCUGCUGUCUUCCAUAACAAGCAUGAGGAAAAAAGUCAGGUUAAAACAAUAAUUUGUACAAAACUCAAAAUACCAUGUCAGCUUUAUACUUUAGUACAGAGUUCAGACAACUCCCUAUGUCAUUUUGGUUCUAUCUUGUGCUUUGGCUCUUCAGAUGGACACAUCUUUUAACAAAUACACAGAAGUUGCUGCUUUUACCAUACCAGUUUUUUAUAACUCCUAUCUGAACAUACUUGCUUUUGUUUAAGGAAAAAUCCCAAAUGUCUCUGAGAACCUUCAUUGCAUUUCACUGCCUUUUUUGUCUAAUAUUCUAAUCAACACAUGGCCUUUACCAGAGGUAAAAGCUUGGGGAGAAAAUUCAAGAUUUUUGUUUUCUCAAGGUUUAGAAAUAUAAAAAACCAAUUAUGCAUUAUUUUCUUACAAUUGUGAAUAAAAUGUUUAAGACAAGACAUUCAUAUACAAAAUAUUUUGCUUCCUGUAGCUGAUUUGGUCUUUUGACUGUAAUAAGCUUACAAUAACUCUCACAAAAUUAUCUUCCUUACCUAUGCAGAGGAAAAAUAGUACUUCCCAGGAUCAUUAUACACUGUCCUUGGAAGAGCAUAAUUCAUUUUUUACCCUCAGUAGGAUAUCUUGUCCUCCUGCUAGCAUGACUAGACUUCAAAGGAUAGAAAGUACAGAGGAGAGAACAGCAGUCAAUUUAUUCUCCUAGAUAUAUUUUUUCUUAUCUGGAAGGGGAUCAUUUUAAAUUAAGGGGUCUCUUUGGGUACAUGCGGUAUUAGACAUGAGUUAACCAACUGCUUUACUUGUUUCAGACACUGUAAAUGUAAAGGCUUAGGAACAAAUUCUUCUCUCUGGUCUUGUAGUUCUUCCCUUUAUUCCAUAAAAGAAGAAAACACCACAAAAAUGUUCAAAGAAAACACUGUAUAUUUUUUAAUUGAAAUACAAAGGGUUCUGAAGUCAGGAUAUUAACCCUUUUUUGGCUACAUCAAUGUAUUUUCAUUUCCUAUAUAAAUUAUAACUGAUUUCUAAUCUUAUAGUUUGUUGCAAAAUUACCCAACCACACUUUCAAAUUAAUUAAUAUUAAUUUAAUGUUAAUAUUAAAAUGAUUUUAUGAGCAAUUAUACAUAAACUGUAUUAUAUUCCUAUGGGGACAAAAUAACAAGAUUGGUAAAGGGUGCCAGGUAUUGCAAUUUUUCCAAUUUUUUGUUUUGUUUUAUUUUUAAAUCAGGAAAAAAGGAGAAAUGUUCUUUCUGAAAUCAGAAUGUCCAGAAACUUUACACCUCUAGCUUUCUCAUUAGUGUACUACUAUAAUUUCAGACAGAUGAUUUGCAUCCUCUCAGGCAUGAACAAGAGUUCUUACUGGCAGUAAUAAAUAACAUGGGGCUUGGCUAAAUAAACUAGUAUGGAACUGUUCACUGGCCACUGUUCUCCAAAAGCUUUCUAUAACAAAACUAUGCAUUUUCCUGAGUCAGAGAUUCUCACACUUUCUACUUUUAUGGAGUUGUUAAUUUAUAUGUCACAAAAUUAUGUAUAUUAGAUAGGAAUGGAAAUUAAUUUUAUCCGGGUAAUCUUCACCACCUAGGACAACCCCAUUGGUGCCUCCUUUUCUCUCAACACUAAGCUGAAGACAUUAAUAUGCCUGAAAUGAUAUUUUCAAAUCAAUCUUUCUUUUCUUAGAAGCUAGAAAGCAUGAAAGUCCAUGGAAGUUGACUGUUAGCAAUUUAUUAUAAAAAAA